AAUCUUACAAAGCAGUAUUGUUUAACUAUGCGUUUAUUUUAUCCUUUUUUGUUUGUUUGUUUGUUUAUUUGUUUCCUUGUUUUUAUUCCAGCCAUUGAUCUUUUCAUAAAACCGAAAGCCCACGCGUAAAGUUACACGAUACAGGCGUAGAAAUUAAUCAUUGUGUUUUAUCAGCCUUAUGUGCAGACUGGCUCGUAAUGCACCGUGUUGUUUAUAAUAAAUAAAACUGAGUGUGUGCACGGGCGCGUUUCUAAAGUUUUGAAUAUGGAAACUGAAACUUCCGUUGCAUUGUUAAAUGUUAAACAUAUAGACGAUCAGAAAGACGGAAAGCCGACGGCAAGUGAAGACGGAGGUCUUCUCGCAGAAGGCGCUAAUGAUGUGACUGAGGAGCAAACGGCGACGGCGGAAGAAGGCACGGGUGAACCGAAGCACGAGCAUGAACACGCAGAAAGAGACCACUGGUCAAGUGAUUUGGACUUUAUAUUGGCAUGCGUCGGCCUGGCAGUUGGACUUGGAAAUAUUUGGAGAUUUCCAUACCUGUGCUACAAGAACGGUGGAGGGGCAUUCCUGAUUCCGUAUUUGAUAUGUCUGUUUACAUCUGGCGUGCCUAUCUUUAUGUUGGAACUGGCGAUCGGACAGUUUAUGAACAUUGGUAGCCUAGAAGCGUGGUCAGGGCUUGUACCAGCGUUUAAGGGUAUUGGGAUGGCAUCAUUUGCCGUGAUAUUCCAGGCGAACCUCUACUACAUUGUCAUUCUGGCAUGGGCACUGUAUUACCUGUUCAUGUCUUUUACUACAGUACUUCCUUGGUCACACUGUAACAAUGAGUGGAAUACAGAAAACUGUUUCGCAGGUAAAUCCUCGAUGCCAGUUACAAACGCGUCAGCAGAGAGUUUUGUAAAUUCCUCAAGUGUGACUGAUCUUGUUAAUGCAAGUGUUAAUGACGCAGUAGCAAACUCGACAGCGAAAGAAGGAACGAACAAGACGGUGGAUGCCGUAAUUGAAUUCUGGGAGAGGAAAAUUCUACAUAUAUCCAAUGGAAUCGAGGAACCUGGUAGUGUGGUGUGGGAGCUGGCUUUGUCUCUGUUGGCUGUUUGGGUGUUGGUGUAUUUCUGUGUGUGGAGAGGUGUCAAAUGGUCUGGAAAGGUUGUAUACUUUACAGCGCUGUUUCCGUACGUUAUUCUUACAAUCUUGUUAAUCCGGGGUGUGACACUAGAUGGCGCUGCAGACGGUAUCUAUUUUUAUCUGAAGCCAGACUUCUCCAGAUUAGCUGAUCCACAGGUAUGGAUAGACGGUGGUACUCAAAUUUUGUAUUCUUUUGAUCUUGCUAUUGGUGCCGUCAUUACGCUUGGCAGUUACAGUAAAUUCAACAAUAACUUCUACAGGGAUACAUUUAUCAUCACGAGUAUCAACUGUGGUACAAGUCUGUAUGCAGGAUUUGCUGUCUUCUCCGUUCUUGGGUUCAUGGCUAAAGAACAGAACGUUACAGUUGCCGAAGUUGCAACCUCGGGACCUGGUUUAGUAUUUCUAACGUAUCCGAAGGCAAUUACUCAGCUUCCAGUAUCACCUCUUUGGGCGAUCUUGUUCUUCAUAAUGGUCAUACUGGUUGGUCUCGAUAGUCAGUUUGUUGCAGUUGAAGGUUUCCUGACACCAGUUUUCGACGGUUUCCCGGAUGUGUUAUAUGGCAUGAAAAACAGGAUGCUCUUGACUGCAGUGUACUGUGCCGGGUCAUUCUUACUCGGACUGUGUAUGGUCACAGAGGGCGGGAUGUACGUGUUUCAGUUGUUUGACUUCUAUUGUUCCAGUGGACUUGUCUUGUUGUGGAUUGUCUUCUUUGAAGCUGUCGUUGUGAGCUGGGUGUUUGGGUCGUCUAAAUUCCAGGAUGCUAUCGAGUUGAUGAUAGGGAGGCGCUUACCGUUCUACUUUAUACUGUGUUGGAAAUACAUAACUCCCGUUGUCUCCUUAGGAAUAUUUCUGUUUAUGGUGUUUGACUUUGUACCACUGACAUACGGCAAGGAUUAUGUGUAUCCGGGCUGGGCCCAGGGUAUCGGUGUCUGCAUGGGACUGGUGUCAAUGAUUUGUGUCCCUCUAGCUUUCGCAUACACUAUGUAUAGGGCGAAAGGUACUCUCCGAGAGCGAUGGCAAGCAACAAUAAAACCUGUUCUGCAAAGUCAUCAGAUAAAACACGGCACAGAAGUUGUCGGCACGGAAGUUGUUAAGCACGACACGGAAGCAAAUGAGGGACCAGCAAAAGUCAUUUGAAUUAACGAGUGAAAAUGGACUAACCAACGUUCAAAUUAUACGAACAUUUGACAAUUAACGCUUGCUUUUUUAUAAAUUUGCAGUAUUUUCAUUUAUGUUUUUAUAUAUGUAUAAUUAUGGAAAAACUCGGUCUGAACGUAGUUUAGUUGGAGAUGACAGUAGGAAUUACAUUUGGGGCAGCUGGUGUCAUGUCACUGUUACUGAAAAAAGUAGGUGGCCAAACUUGGUCUGUAGGUAGUUUCAAGUAGAGAUGAUAGUUAGGGUGUCAUUUGGAGCCGCUGGAUUCAAAGACAAUGCCGUUGUUUCUAAACUAGAAAAAUGGUUUCCGCGCAUUAUCUUUAGUUUGGGUAUAUUUCCCGAAGCUAGAUGUGUAGAUAGAUUUUAUCGAGACAAAGACUGGGAUUGUAUUUGGGGUCACUCGGGUAUACUGUCGCUUAAAAUAGAAAUCGUUUUCCGCUCUAUAUCUUAAGUUAAGAAUGAGAUACAGUGGCGAAACUUGGUGUGUAGGUAGCUUUGGUUGAGAUGACCUGGGGUCAAGGUCAUAUUGUUAGAAAUAGAAAAAUAGUCUCAAUUCAUUACUAGUAUCGGUCUACAUAUUGUCACCAAACUUGUUGUGUAUAUAGAUUAUAUCAAGACAAAGAUUGGGAUUGUCUUUGGGGUCACUUUGGUCAAGGUCAAGGUCAUUGUUACUAAAAACUUAUAAUAGUUUUCACUCAAUAUCUUUAAUUUUGGUAAACCUAUUGUCACCAAACUUGGUGUGUAGCUGGCUUCUAUCGAGACAAAGGUUGGUAGUGUUGUAAACUUCAUUUAGUUCUGUGAAUACUGGAGUAUAAAAUAUUGCAGUGAGCGGGGUUUACAGUAUACAUCUUCCUUUUCCAAAUGUCAAAAUGUUUAUAACAACGAAGGUGGGUGACGUACCAAAUUUCUAUGCUUAUAAUUUCCGAGUCAACGUCAGAAAUGUCUCAUUUUCCAAUUUGAUCAUUCUUUGUAACUGUAUCAUAAAAACAUCGUUUAGGGCAGUCCACAUUUAAAUAUAAAUUUAUAAGGGGGUGAACGUAGUAACUGCUUGACACUCUGGUAGAUGAAAUGUAAAGCUGUCUUUGGUUGGUCUUUCUCUUCUUCUUUGUCGUUGGUAUUAUUAAUAGUUCCACUGACAUCAAUUAUGAGUUUUUUUAGUAAACGGUGUCUUCCAAAUAUUUGUUGGCUCACCUGUCACAUAGUGACAAGGUGAGCUUUUGUGAUCACCCUUCGUCCGUCGUCCGUCGUCCGUCAACAAUUUCUUGUCUGCACGAUAGUGGUUUCAUUUAUGAUUUUUUUUAACCAAACUUGCACACAACUUGUAUCACCAUAAGAUCUCGGUUCCUUUCUUGAACUGGCCAGAUUCCGUUAUGGGUUCCAGAGUUAUGGCCCCUGAAAGGGCCAAAAUUAGCUAUUUUGACCUUGUCUGCACAAUAGCAGCUUUAUUUAUGAUUUGAUUUUUACCAAACUGGCACACAACUUGUAUCACCAUAAGGUCUUGGUUCCUUUCUUGAACUGGCCAGAUCCCAUUAUGGGUUCCAGAGUUAUGGCCCCUGAAAGGGCCAAAAUUAGUUAUUUUGACCUUGUCUGCACAAUAGCAGCUUCAUUUAUGAUUUUAUUUUAUUCAAACUAGCACACAACUUGUAUCACCAUAAGAUCUUGGUUCCACUCUUGAACUGGCCAGAUCCCAUUAUGGGUUCCAGAGUUAUGGCCCCUGAAAGGGCCAAAAUUAACUAUUUUGACCUUGUCUGCACAAUAGCAGCUUUAUUUAUGAUUUGAUUUUUACCAAACUGGCACACAACUUGUAUCACUAUAACAUCUCGGUUCCUUUCUUGAAACGGCCAGAUCCCAUAAUGGGUUCCAGAGUUAUGGCCCCUGAAAUGGCCAAAAUUAGCUAUUUUGACCUUGUCUGCACAAUAGCAAUUUCAUUUAUGAUUUGAUUUUUACCAAACUUGCACACACGUUGUAUCACCACAAGAUCUUGGCUCCUUUCUUGAACUGACCAGAUUAUCAUGGGUUCCAGAGUUAUGGCCCCUUAAAGGUCCAAAAUUGGCUAUUUUGGCUUUUGCAGCCAUAUAGAGACUUCAUUUAUGGUUUAAUUUAAUACAAACUUCCAAAAUAUCUUCAACAACAAUAAAUCUUGGAUUCCAUGACAAAUUAGAUCCAAUCGUAGGUUCUAGAGUUAUUUUAUAUCUGAUUACCUCCCCUGAUUGUAGUCAAAAUGGAUUUAUAUCAGCAAGUACUUAUAGGACUUAUUUGAAAUUUCAUUGUUGUCAUUAGUUGGACUGAGCCAAUCAAAGUAGAUAACUAUGGACUGAUUUUAUGUCAAAUUACCUCCCUUUAUUUCAAAUUAAAAUGGGUAUAUCUCCGUAACUAAUGAAGAUACUGAUCUGAAAUUUCAUUUAUUUCAACAGAUUUAUUUGGCAGAUCCUUCUCUUGAUCACUUACAAUAAUUUUCUUUUUAAUUACUUCCCUUUUACGUAACUAUAAAUAGCUUAUUUUAGUAACUUUUUUUAUUAUUGGCCUUAGGGAAAAAUCGAGACCACUUUUCUGUGGUACAACAUGGAUGGUACCUCCAAUUUUUAGGUGUAUUUUGACAUAUCUGUACCUUGUAAGAAUUUUUUUUUUCUUUUUGGUUAAAUUUCUUUCCUUUGUCGUUACUGUCCUUUGGAUUAGAUAUUUUUUCUGAGGACCUUCUUGUCCUCAAGUGCAAUGAUAACAGGUGAGCGAUAUAGGGCUAUUAUGGCCCUCUUGUAUUGUAAAGUCGUUAAAUUUCCUCUGUAUGAAAUAUAAUUUUUUCCCAAAACGGCCAAUUCGAAUGGGGUUUUAAGUGAGUACAUUUCAAAAUUUGAAGAUGAAAUAAAUGGGGUUCCUCUUUCUUUGUCGGAAUUGACAUUAUAUCGAAUACUAUUGUAUUACAAUAUUAUGUACUAGUCACAAUUAUUCUAUUCCAUGCAAGAUUUUAACAUACAGCUGCUCGUUUCAGCUUCGCACAGUCUGGUCAGGAUCCAUGCUGUUCGCUUUCAAACCCAAUUGCAAUUAGAGAAUCCGUAAGCGAACAGCAUGGAUCUUGACCAGACUGUGCGGAUGCGCAUGCUAGUCGCAAAUGCAUUAUGUUGGUUUUCUCAUGGUGCUGCGCAUUUAUUGAUCAAUUCCCCACAUGUAGCAUUGAUGAAAGCUUAAUGAUUUCAGCCUUAUGUAAAGUCGUCAAAAGAAUAAAUCCUUUUUAGUCAAUUGGACACAAAGACAAUUUUAGCGGUCCGGUAAUAGGAGCCCUUAUGUUUGCUUAGCAUUAAGCCCUUUUGUGUGUAAAAUCAUUGUUGAAAAUGGAUACAUUUCCAAUUUGUGAACGUAGCAUUUAUACGCAUAAAACAAAAUUAAUCGA